CAGUCUCAACCUGGCUGAACCUGUCUGAAACAGCUGGCUGGGAUGAACCUCACCAUCGCUGACCUUAGUGAGGUGGAUAAAGACUUCAUCCCUGGCCUGAUGUACAUCAGAGACAACGAGGCCACGACUGAGGAGUUUGAGGGCAUGACUCUCCCCUUCACGGUCCCUAACGCCAGCGGACAGGACAUUCAGCUCAGCUCUAAAUACUCCCACAUCACCCUGGAGAACAGGGCGGAGUAUGUCCGCCUCGCCAUCAACUACAGGCUCCAUGAGUUGUGAUGAGCAGGUGCAGCUGUGAAGGGAAG